CCCGUCAGACGCGUCUGAAGACCUAUAAACUUACACCUCAAACCUCGACCUACCACCAAAAUGUCCUCCGAUCUUGCCAUCCGAACCGCCACCGUCUCGCGAGAGACCUCGGAGACGAGCAUCAAGUGUACCCUCACGCUCGACGUCGUACCGGGCGUCCACAAGCAAGAGAUCAACGUCUCUACCGGUAUCGGUUUCCUCGAUCACAUGUUCACCGCGCUCGCCAAGCACGGUCAGAUGUCGCUCGACCUGCAGUGCAAGGGGGAUCUUCACAUUGACGACCACCAUACGGCCGAAGACUGCGCUCUGGCCCUCGGAGAGGCGUUCAAGAAGGCUCUGGGUGAGCGAAGGGGGAUCAGGAGGUACGGGAGCGCUUAUGCCCCGUUGGACGAGGCAUUGUCCAGGGCCGUCAUCGAUAUCUCUUCCCGACCGUACUUCGUCUCGGACCUACCUUUUACCCGGGAAAAGAUCGGUGAUCUCUCCACCGAGAUGAUCCACCACCUGCUCGAAUCCUUCGCUUUCGCCGCCGGGGUCACGCUGCACGUAGACUCGAUCAGGGGGAAGAACAACCAUCACAUCGCCGAGUCCGCUUUCAAGGCCCUGGCUCUGGCUAUCCGACAGGCUAUCGAGCGGACGGGCGGGAACGACGUUCCGAGCACCAAGGGGGUUUUGGCGCACUAGAGGACCCAGCAUUUACAGGCUACAGGCUACAGUGGACGUAUGUACAUGGUUUAGGGCAGGACUCUCUUCGCUAUCUAUCGUUAUGCAGAGAGACGUCACCACACCGGUCUUUCGUGCAGCUUGAAAGAGGGGGAAAUGACAUCUGAUCGUAUACUCGUUCAUCGUUCGUCAGACUAGUUUAAAGCCAUCGUCUACUCUAGUUGAAGAAGCGCAAGCACGGAGAAGGCCCAUAGGCGGGAAAGCGAAGAACCCUCGCUACGCCGACCCGACCCCGCCUCACUCGUCAUCCCCACCAUAAUCCUCAUCCUCGCUG